UUCACUCAACCACGCGUACGCGCAUUCGAAAAAAACAAUACGAAAAAUCUUUUCCAGUUAACAGAAAAUCUUCAAAAAUCAACCAUGAAUAACCCCGCUCUAUUCGAGCAAAUUAACUUCAUCUCGAAGAGGGAUGCGAUCAACUUUUUAGAUGACAUUUCGCCUAAACUAAAGUGGAAUAACAGUAUCAGCAACGUUCUGGACAUUGGAUGUGGAGAUGGAAGUGUCACCAGCAUGCUGAAGAAGUACAUCCCUACUGACUUCAAGCUCCUCGGCUGUGACAUCAGUGAGAAAAUGGUGAACUUCGCCAAUGACCACCAUUCCAAUGAACAGACCUCGUUCACAGUGCUGGACAUCGCAGGAGAUAUUCCCGAAGACAUGAAGGGAAAAUUCGACCAUGUUUUCUCCUCCUACGCCUUGCACUGGGUCUUGGAUCAAGAGCGCGUAUUCAGAAAUAUUUACGAUUUGCUGAGUAAAGAUGGAGAAUGCUUCACGAUAUUCAUCGCAAACGCACCCGUGUACGACUUGUACCGCGCUCAAUCGCCGUGCUCCAAAUGGGAAUCUUGGUUGAAAGAUGUCCAUAAGUUUAUAUCACCAUAUCACGAUAUGCAGCAACCAGAAAAGAACGUCACCCAAAUGAUGCAAGAAAUCGGUUUCAGAAACAUCGAUGUGAAAUGCAAAGAAAUGCGUUUCGAAUUUGACAGUGUUGAAGCUAUGAAAAACACUGUAAAAGCUAUCGAACCUUUCAACAGGCCGAAAGAUGUAUAUGAAGAGUUCAUGCAAGAUUACUACUCGGUGGCCCAAGAUAUCGGUGUCGUAGAAAUAAAUAACAAUAACAUCGGAGACACCUCAAUCAAUUGCUCCUAUUCUCUACUAGUCGUCUGCGCAAGCAAAUGAUUACAGAUCACCAAAAUUAACCAUAAAAUUAAGUCAAACCAUAGUGAAAUUAUUCUGGCAAAUCCGCCUAAGAUCUGAUUACUAGAACCGCCUAUUUUGUACUA